AUGUACAUCAAAAGCGUCGUAAUCCAAGGCUUUAAAACCUACAAGAACAUUACGACAAUAGCGGACUUAUCGCCGCAAUUCAAUGUGGUUAUCGGGGGUAAUGGAUCUGGUAAAUCGAAUUUCUUUGCCGCGGUGAGAUUUGUACUAAGUGACGACUAUAGCAAUUUGAAGAGGGAAGAAAGACAGGGUCUUAUUCAUCAGGGAACUGGAUCAAUAAUGAGUGCAUACGUUGAGAUUGUGUUUCACGAUCCAAAUGGCCAAAUGAUGAUGACAUCUGGAAUUCCUACAACAGACGAGAACCUCGUUCGAGUUAGGAGAACCAUUGGACUGAAAAAAGACGAAUAUUCGGUCAAUGGAAAGACUUGCCAUAAGAGCGAUAUCACACGUAUGUUUGAAAGUGUUGGAUUUUCAUCAGCUAAUCCUUACAAUAUCGUGCCGCAAGGUCGCAUAGUCGCAGUUACAAACGCCAAGGAUAAAGAGCGUUUGGCUUUGCUGGAAGAAGUGGUCGGUGCCAAAUCUUUUGAGACCAGGCUCAAAGAGUCUAUCAAAAAGAUGGAAGUCACCAACAGAGAUCGGGCCAAGAUCGACUCCGAGCUACAAGAGCUCAAAACCAGAUUGGAAGAGCUAGAUGAAGAACGCCAUGAGUUGGAAAAAUACCAGGAACUCGAGCGCGACAAGCGUAUUUUCCAAUUUGUGCUCUAUGACCGAGAGCUAAACGAAGUAACGAGCCAGAUCGAAAACUUGGAGGAUGAGUACAACCAAGUGCUACAAUCUUCAGAAGAUUUUGUUCAAGAGUUGUCCAAGAGGGAAACUUUGAUAUCUGACGUCAGCAAAAAUAUGGCUAGUGUUGAAACUGAAUUAAAAGUCAAGGAGUCCACCGACUUGCAGCAGGAGAAGUCACGGCUUUCGGAAGUUUCAAAGAGAAAAGCUGACCUUGAGGUGCGUCUUGAAGAGAUCAAAAGACAGUCGGAAACCCGUCGCGGACAAACAGCAACAGACCAACAUAAUUUGAAGAUAAUCGAAGAAGAAAUAAUUACAAACAAAUCUCAGUUGAAUCGGCUCCUUCCAAGAUUUGAAGAACUUCGAAGUGAAGCUAAACAAUAUGAAAACCAAUUAUCUGACCUGAAUCGGAAACAGAGAGAAAUGACAUUGAAAAGAGGCAUAUACGCAAGAUUUGAAGACCAGGAAGAAAGAAAUGAGUGGAUAAGAGAGGAGCUAAAGUCAUUGGAGUUACAACAUGGAGUCCUAGACAUGCAACUCUCUACGAUGUUGCGCGAUAAGGAAGAGAUAGCUUCUGAAAUUGGAAAACUCCAAGAAGAGAUAACAGAGCUUAACGACUCAGUGCGUGGUCCUGGUGUAUCUGCUGAACUUGAGGAUCUACAAGCUCAAAUUUCCGGUCUAAAGCGUCAUUAUUUUCAUAAAAUUGAUGAACGUAAAGAAUUAUGGAGAUCAGAACAGAGGUUGCAAACUAUAUCUGAAGCACUGCUUGAUAGUGUGAAGCGCUCGGAAAGAAACUUAUCCGAAACAAUAGAUAGAGGCUUGGCUAACGGCCUCAAAGCUGUGAGGGAAAUUGCAGACCGUCUGAAGCUUCCGAGCGGUUCCGUACGUGGCACUUUGGGGGAGCUUAUCAAAGUCAGUGAGAAGUAUAAGACAUGCGCGGAAGCGGUUGGGGGUAACUCGUUACUCCACGUCGUUGUGGACACUGACGAAACUGCUAGUAUUUUAAUGCAAGAGCUUUACAAUGCAAAGGCCGGAAGAGUAACCUUUGUUCCUUUGAACAGGUUAAAUACGAACAGCGUAAUAUCAUAUCCGGAUAGCUCACAAGCGGAUUUCACACCUCUUUUGUGGAAAAUCAAAUAUGACAAGUCUUUAGAGGCUGCAGUAAGGCAUGUUUUUGGAAGGACUAUUGUUGUUCGCGACUUGGGGACCAGCUCAAAGUUAGCAAGGGCUCACAAUCUCGAUGCAGUAACACUUGAUGGAGACAGAGCUGAUAAAAAAGGUCUUAUAACAGGUGGCUUUCACGAUUAUCACAAGAAGUCAAGGCUAGAUGCCCUCAAAGACAUAAGCACAUCUAAAUCUCAACUUUCGGAUGCUUCUAAUAGUCUCGAGGCUAUGAAGGAACAAAUUGCCGCCGUCGACGUUGAAAUAGAUCGGGCGAACAGCGGCCUCAAAUCCCUUUCAAUAAGAAAGGAAGCAAUUCUAACUAAUAACGAGGUACUCAGAGUAAAACUCAAUAAGCGGUCAACGGAGCUAUCUUUCAAGAAGGAUCUGCUGGAUGGUUUAGAGUCGAAGAUCGAGAAAGCUGAAACCUCGGCAAGGAUGAACAAGGAAAAAACUCAAAGAUAUGAGGUCGAUUUGACGCAACCUUUUGAAAAGAGUUUGACUCUCCAAGAAGAAGAUGAGCUGAAAUCUCUCGCUGGCGAGAUGAGAAGGCUAUCGGACCCUUUAAGUACGACUACCGAGGCCCUUGAUAAGCUCACAGUAAAAAUAGAUCUUCUCAAGACUGAGCUCGAUGCAAAAUUAUAUCCGCAGAAAAAAGAGAUUGAAGGUAGGCUUUCACAAGCUUCAGGCUAUUCUCAUGCUCUCAAUGACGAGGAAGUCCGCGAACUUACUGAAGACUUACACGGGCUGGCCUCUCGAGAAAAAGAUCUUAAGACAUCUGUCUCAACUAUAACCGAGGCUAUAGAUGCGUUGAACGAAGAAAAAGCGACGAAUCAAAGACUAAUGGAUAAGGCCAACUCGCAACAAAGAUUGCUGUUGAAGAAGCUCGACAACUUUCAGAAAAAUGCCGAGAAGUCUGUCGUAAAAAAGACAGCUUUGAUUUCGAGACGUGAUGAAGUUCAGCAGAAAAUCAGCGAAAUCGGCUUACUUUCUGAAGACUCACUGGAGCGACACCAAAACUUGAAUAGUGAACAAAUUCUUAGACAGCUGAACAAUGUCAAUGAUAAGAUUUCGAAAAUGAGCAACAUAAAUCGGCGUGCGAUCGAAAACUACAAAAAGUUCAAUGAAAAAAGAGAAGAGAUGGAGAAAAGAGCAGAGGAGCUCGUAUAUUCGAAAGACUCUAUUGAGAAACUCAUCGAUUCUUUGAAAAAGCAAAAAGUAGAAGCUGUGGAGGCGACUUUCUCCAAGGUUGCUCAAAAUUUUAGUACCAUUUUCGAGAAAUUAGUGCCCGCAGGAUCAGGAAAGCUAAUAAUCCAUCGACGUCCUCAAGGCGUUGAAAGAAAUUUCAGGGCAGUCCGCGAGGACAGCAUUCCCAGCAGCAACGAUAUUGAUGGAGUUGGUACUAUUUACCAAGGUGUAUCAAUUUCUGUUUCGUUCAAUUCCAAGAAAAAUGAACAACUGUAUGUAGAGCAGCUCUCUGGUGGCCAAAAGACAGUUUGCGCAAUCGCCUUGAUUUUAGCCAUACAAAUGGUUGAACCAGCUCCAUUUUACCUAUUCGAUGAAAUUGACGCUGCUUUGGAUAAGCAAUACAGGACAUCCGUCGCUAGCGUUAUCAAAGAAUUAUCCGUACAUGCUCAGUUCAUUUGCACCACCUUUAGAACAGACAUGAUACAGGUUGCUGAUUCUUUUUACCGUGUAAAAUUCGACAACAAAAUAUCUGAGGUACAAGAGGUUUCUCAACAGGAUGCAAUCAAGUUUAUCAAAAGAAGGAACAAAAUUGGGUUACUCUGA